AAAAAACAAAAACAAAAAGGUCUUAAACCCCUUCUACCAUACCAUGGAGACUUCCGAAGGCAAGGAUAUUUGGAGCAAUGGCUUCGGUGCCGGAUCUCCGAGAGGAGGAGGAGUCUUCCCGGAGCUGUGCUCUCCAUUCCCGGUCCAGCUGACGGUGUGGUGCAAGUCGCUGCUGUUCAACGGUCAUGGCUACACCGUCUUCGAUGAUUCCGAUGGUCGGAUGGUUUUUCGGGUCGAUAACUAUGCGCACAAUUGGAGGCAGGAGACGGUGCUAAUGGAUCAGGCUGGGAACGUCCUCCUCACCAUCCGCCGCUGCCGAAAGAUGUUAAACUUAAUGGAGAGCUGGGAGGCCUACAAGGGUGAUAAAGAUGUUCUAGGUAUGGUUGGACAUCAGAGGCCCCUAUUUAAGGCUACAAAGGACUUGGGAACUCCUAGUUGCACAGUAUCAAUGGUACCCACAAAGGGAAUGGAACCAUUAGGUUACAGAAUGAGCUGGUCUCGACAAAAGGAGUGGUCCAAGAUUUAUCAGGCUGCUGGUAAUGCACCACUUGUCGCCGAGGUUAGUAGAAAAUAUGGCGCUUCCACGAAGACAUUACUGGAUAAAGAUGUUCUAACCCUAAGGGUGCAGCCCUGGAUGGAUCAAGCUAUUGCAAUGGCUAUGAUCAUGAUCAUCGAUACAAUGAGAUGAUCGAGGCCUCGAAAUGUAUGAGGUGGUUUCAUUCCCUUGUUCGCAAUUGCCAUUAGAUAAGAGCCAAUGGCAUGAUCCCUUUGAAUUAUUUUAUGCAGUUUCAAAUAAUUGAAACAUGAGUGACUAAACAAGACUAAGCUUGACAAGGCCUAGAAACACCCCAAGACUUUGAUUAUAACUGAUGUACAAAUUGUUACCUCUCUCUUUCUGGUUAUCAUAGUUUUGGCUGAUUAUAGCUCAUGAUAUAUGUUUGUCAUCCUAUAGAUGUCAUAGCAAU